GGUUAGGGCUGCAGGUCGAAGCAACCACUGUCGCUGGAGGACCCUGUUGGAAACAGCUGCCGCCACCGCCACCGCCGCCUCGUGUUUCAUUUCUUCUGGGGCAGGGGCCAGCGUCGGCUGAGGGGUUUGGGGUUCCGGGCAGGCGGAGCUGGUCCUCACCCAGCUCUUCAGGCGGUUUUCACUUGGUAGGAAGUUGUCCAGAAACUGUGCCAAAACACCGGCUCCUCAGUGGUUCCGACGACACGUUUUACACAUCUGUUAGACCUUUUUCGAGCUCUGCCACCAAACUCAAUGGCGUCCUCUACGUCCAUGCCUCUGGGAUUUCACUAUGAAACAAAGUAUGUUGUUCUCAGCUACUUGGGACUCCUCUCCCAGGAGAAGCUGCAAGAGCAACAUCUUUCCUCACCCCCAGGAAUUCAACAAGAUGUAGCUUCACAAUCUCUGGAUCAAGAAGUUUUAUUAAAAGUUAAAACUGAAAUUGAAGAAGAGCUAAGAUCUCUGGACAAAGAAAUUUCUGAAGCCUUUACCAGCACAGGCUUUGACCAGCACACUUCUCCAGUGUUCAGCCCUGCUAACCCAGAAAGCUCAGUAGAAGACUGCUUGGCUCAUCUUGGAGAAAGAGCAUCCCAGGAACUGAAAGAGCCUCUACAUAAGGCAUUGCAAAUGCUCCUCAGCCAGCCAGUGACAUAUCAGACAUAUCGGGAAUGUACACUGGAGACCACAGUUCAUGCCAGCGGCUGGAAUAAGAUUUUGGUGCCUCUGGUUUUGCUACAACAAAUGCUUUUGGAGUUGACAAGACGUGGUCAAGAACCUUUGCGUGCAUUGCUGCAGUUUGGUGUGACAUAUCUGGAGGACUAUGCAGCAGAGUACAUCAUUCAGCAAGGUGGUUGGGGCACUGUUUUUAGCCUUGAGUCCGAGGAGGAAUACCCUGGAAUUCUUGCAGAAGAUAGCAAUGACAUUUAUAUCCUGCCCAGUGACAACUCUGGACAAGUCAGUCCUCCAGAGUCUCCAACUGUGACUACUUCUUGGCAGUCAGAGAGCUUACCUGUUUCCCUGUCAGCCAGCCAGAGUUGGCAUACAGAAAGCCUACCAGUGUCCCUAGGUCCUGAGUCCUGGCAGCAGAUUGCAAUGGAUCCUGAAGAAGUUAAAAGCUUAGAUAGCAAUGGGGCUGGAGAGAAGAGUGAGAACAACUCUUCUAAUUCUGACAUAGUACAUGUGGAGAAAGAAGAAAUACCUGAGGGUGUGGAAGAGGCUGCUGUGGCAUCUGUAGCCUUGUCAACCAGGGAGCUGCAAGAAGUAUUCCCUAAAGCCCCAGCUCCCUUGCUUCCACAUAUCACUGCCACUUCCUUGCUAGAGAAGAUGGAACCUGACACAGAAAUGACCGCAGUUGAGGAAGUCAGCCCAGCUACAUCUUUGUUCAUAGAACUUGAUGAACAAGAGGUGAAAGCAGCAACAAUUCAACCUUUUGAACGAGAAGAAGAGAUGAUCCCUGCACUGGAACCCACAAAAAUACUGCUGAGUGAAGAGAUGAAUAUAAGGGAAGAGAGUCUUAUGGAAGGGUCCUCCCCUGCUGGAGAAGAGAAGUCUAUGCCAUUGUCUGAGGACAAGUCUAUACUGUUGUUUGGAGGGGCUGCCGCUAUUGCCAUCCUGGCAGUGGCAUUUGGGGUAGCAUUGGCUCUGAGAAAGAAAUAGCAGAUUUUUCAGAAGAGAAAUAAGACAAAAAGGAUAUUAGGUUUUAGUUGUAUUGACUGAAUUUGAACCUCCAGCAGCUGAUUGGACAUUUGUGGAACACUCUUGGGUAAUUGGAGAUUUCUGCUCAACAAGGCAGUGGAUUGAUCCACAUAUUAGGGUUUGAGGUAGAGGGUGUUCACAUUUGAUUGUAAGUUCCAAGGGCCUUGGCUCAUGGUAGGCUCUGGAUCUUAGGAGUAAAGUACUCCUCUCGUACAGUUUUAUCAACCUCUGCAUUAAUGAUAUCUUGAUAAUUUGUUGUAGAAAGUUGUCCUGUGCAUUGUAGGGUGUUUAGCAACAUCACUGGCCUGUACCCACUAAAUACCAGUAGCAUCCUUCCCCCAGUUGUGACAACCAAAAAUAUCUCCUGACAUUGCCAAAUGUCCCUGGGGGUAAAAUUGUUCCCCCUUGCGAGCCACAGUUUUAGAGGGAAAGGGUUAAUUUAGGAGCAUCUGGGAUAGAAAUUCACAGGCAAGAGGGCUUAGCUACGUGCUCCUCAGCUACUGACUUGGUCCUGCCCUUGGAAUUUCAUCUUUUCUGAUGAAAAUGCUAUGUUUUUUAGUCAUUCUUUUUUGGCUUUUCUUUUCUUCCCUACCGUUUUAGUCCUAUAGCAUGAGGGUGUUCUCCCCUUAUGGCUCAGCUGCCUCUCAGGUAACACAUUGCUCCUCUUCACCCCCAGGUUUCUUCUAAGAUCCAUGGAGAGUGCUUGCUCUGUACCUGUCAAGUCUCUGAUGCUUCUUAAUAGCUUUACCUUGUAAAGAUACUGCCUUUAGUAAUCUUUAAAAAGAAGGGGGGUGGGAAACUCCCUGCCUAUAAGUGGUGUGGCAAGUAACUAGCUAGAGAUAGAUUUGUCUCGUUUAGCAGGAGAAUGGCUUAGAGGACCUCUGGAGCUCUUCUGGCUCUUUUGUGUAUGGGCACCCUACUGAACUUAUGACUACCUGCCAGCAGCAUCUCUCUUGCUGGAUGGUCACUGUCUAGAACCUAGGCUAGUGUGUUUUCCCUAUACUAUCUGGCCUUUUUACUGGUCGACCAGCUAGCUCCUUUGCAGUCCUUCACUGGAUUUUUAUACUUGGGCUUACAGACCAAUUGAAUCAUAACGCUUAUGAAAUUCAGAAAGUCUCCUAAAUACCAUUAAAGUAAAAAGUAUGAAAAGAGAAGCUUGACUAGAUUGCCCUCAAGAUUCUAGUUUGGCUUUCAGAUUUCAAGAACGGUGGCUUCGUCACUGAACUCUUGACAGUCCAGAUGCCAGAGUGAUAAACUAAAAUGAUCCUAAUUACUAUGUACUAGUUGAGAAUCAGCAUAAUUUUCUUUCAUCUGGCUGAUCUCAAUUCUAAAAGGGUGGGGAGUGGGACUGUGUCAUUUUAUACCUGAGGAUCAGUGUCACUGUGCAGGACGUACUUGCUUGAUACAGGUUAUCUCAGAUUUAUCUUAGUAAAUGUAACAAAUUACUUUUUAGAUCCUGAAAUUUGUAAUAAAAUUACUUUACCUAUCCUGAUCACCAAAA